UGUGCCACCGGGCCCCCUGGGCUCCAGCACAGCCUCCAGUCACCCCUCCACCACAGGGGACGCUUGCCGUCCUGAGGUCAGGAGCGGGCACAGGCCAGGGCAGCAGGUCAGGCCCGCUCCGGACUUGGGGCGCUAGCCCAUGGCCCAUCGUGCCUGACGCAGCGGGGUGCUGACACAGGAUGGAUUUUGGGUCCUUGGAGACAGUGGUGGCCAACUCCGCCUUCAUCGCCGCCCGGGGCAGCUUCGAUGACAGCAGUACGCCCCUCGCCCGGGACAGGAAGUACCUGGCCAAGCUCAGGCUGCCCCCGCUCUCCAAGUGCGAGGCCCUGCAGCAGAGCCUGGACCUGGCGUUCCAUAGCGUGUGCGUGGAGCAGCCCAUCGGAAAGCGGCUCUUCCGGCAGUUCCUGGGGGCCCACGAGAAGCACGUGCCGGCCCUGGAGCUCUGGAAGGACGUGGAGGACUACCACACGGCUGGUGACGACCUCCGACCACAGAAGGCCCAGGCCAUCCUGGCUGAGUACCUCGACCCCCAGGCUAAACGCUUCUGCAGCUUCCUAGACACUGGGACUGUGGCGCAGGCCCAGGGGGCACCCAUGACAAGUGGGGACUGGCUCUCCCAGCCACUCCUGCAGGCCACCCUGGCACACCUGGGCCAGGCGCCCUUCCAGGAGUACCUGGGCAGCCUGUACUUCCAGAGGUUUCUGCAGUGGAAGUGGCUGGAGGCCCAGCCCACGGGCGAGGACUGGUUCCUGGACUUCAGGGUCCUGGGGAAAGGUGGCUUCGGGGAGGUGUCGGCCUGCCAGAUGAGGGCAACAGGCAAAAUGUAUGCGUGUAAAAAGCUGAACAAGAAGAGGCUGAAGAAGAGGAAGGGGUACCAGGGCGCCAUGGUGGAGAAGAAGAUUCUAGCCAAAGUCCACAGCAGAUUCAUAGUCUCUCUGGCCUACGCGUUCGAAACCAAAACUGACCUCUGCCUGGUGAUGACCAUCAUGAAUGGAGGCGACAUAAGGUACCACAUCUACAACGUGAACGAAGAGAGCCCUGGCUUCCAGGAGCCCCGGGCCGUCUUCUACACGGCCCAGAUCGUCAGCGGCCUGGAGCACCUGCACCAGCGAGGCAUCGUCUACCGGGACCUCAAGCCCGAGAAUGUGCUCCUGGAUGACGACGGCAAUGUCCGAAUUUCUGACCUUGGGCUGGCCGUGGAGCUGAAGGAUGGGCAGAUGAACACCAAGGGUUAUGCAGGGACCCCAGGCUUCAUGGCCCCUGAGCUCCUGCGGGGUGAGGAGUAUGGCUUUUCUGUGGAUUACUUUGCCCUGGGAGUUACGCUCUAUGAAAUGAUUGCUGCCAGAGGACCCUUCCGAGCCCGGGGAGAGAAGGUGGAGAACAAGGAGCUCAAGCAGCGGGUCCUCUCAGAGGCGGUCAAGUACCCGGACAAGUUCAGCCCGGCCAGCAAGGCCUUCUGCGAGGCGCUGUUGGAGAAGGACCCCGAGAAGCGCCUGGGAUUCCGAGGCGGGACCUGUGAUGGGCUCCGCGCCAGCCCCCUCUUCAGGGACAUCAACUGGAGACAGCUGGAGGCUGGAAUGCUGAUGCCCCCGUUCAUCCCAGACCCCAGGACCGUCUACGCCAAGAACAUUCAGGAUGUAGGAGCCUUUUCCACGGUGAGAGGCGUGGUCUUUGACAAGGCAGACACCGAAUUCUUCCAGGAAUUUGCCACUGGCAGCUGCCCCAUUCCCUGGCAGGAGGAAAUGAUCGAGUCAGGCGUCUUUGGGGAGCUGAAUGUGUGGCGCUCUGAUGGGCAAAUGCCCGAUGACAUGAAGGGGGUCAGCGUGGAGGCAGCGUCCAUGUCCAAGUCAGGAAUGUGUGUGGUUUCCUAGGUGACGCGGAAAGGGCCCCCUGCAGCCCACAGGCCAGGAGGCCUUUGUGUCAGCCAGGCCACCCCAGCUUGGUCAGGAGCAAGGCCCCCUCCUGCAAACAGGUCACUGCUUUCACCCCAUCUCACUCAAGAAAGACAGCACAGUGACUCCCGGAUGGGAUCCACUGGUGACUGUCCAGCCCCCGUGUGGACGUGCGAGCUGGAGGCGAUGUGGGGGCCGGGCAAAUGGCUGUGGUUCUGGAGGUGCUCUGUGUGGGUCUCCUGGCACCUUAACUGCGAUUCCUGGAGCAUCCUUGGUAGGGGGCCAUGGUGGGGGCUCAGGGGCUGGGGAACCGCGU